GGAUGGAUGGAUGGAAGGAUGACAAUAAAUCAGGAGAUAGGGUCCUGUAAAAUAUCUGCAACAAUAAAGAAACAGAAGUCCUGAAGGAUCUGUUGAACAGGCUAACAGCUGAAUGUUGAUGAUGUCAGGGUUCCUUUUUCAAUGUUCCUUUACUUUAGACGUUUGUAAAUUUAUUGCAUGACAGACGAGCAGAGACCAAAAUGAAAGAACAUUUCAGCAAACUGUUUUAUUUCUCCUGUUUUUCAUCAUAAAGAGUCAAGUAAAAUAACAGGGAUGCCCUGGUAUCUCAAACCUGUAAAAAAUGAAGACAUUUUAUUAGGUUAUGCAGUUUUAAUAUAUUUUGUUUGUUUGAGUUGUGAAAAUAAAUGUGGUUUUUUUUUUUAUUUAGGCAUAACUUUGACUUCUUAGUUUUAGUUUUUUGGGAGGUUUUUGAGUCAUCUCGUUUUAUUUUGCUCUUUUUGGAGGUCUUUCUGUGUCAAAGCUCAAUAUUGGUAAAACAACGUGAUCAAGAAUUGCAGUUCUUUAUCAGAAAUCAGUUUUAUCCUGCAAAUGUCGAAUCUGUGUGUACUCUGUUAUUUAGCUUACAUUUACAAAGCUGUGUAGCUGCUGCAUGCACGUUUCACUGUAUGAACUCCGUGAACAUGUAUGUUGGCUUUAUUUCUAACCAGUUGGAGGUUACGGUGUAGAAACCAGAUCUCAUCUUCUCAGCACAAAUAAAACAUGUUUUCUGUCUCGUAGCAGAACUUUUUUAGGGCUGAAAGUUUUCACACCCAGGUCAUUUUAAAUUGGGAAAAUUGUGCAAGAUUGAUUUAUAAAAUAAUGGGAAGUAAAGUGGUUUAAAUGAUUAUAAAUCAUCAAAAAUUUGAGUUUAAGCUUUGAAAUUGUGAUUUUAAAAAAACACCAAAGACUUUUUUUUUCUGGAUGAAGACUUGCUGGAACAUUUUCUUUUGGAUUGACAUGAUUUUGUUUAUACUAGAUGUCUGAAAUUUAGUUUCUGUCUGUUUUGCUCCACAGUGAGAACAAUGUGCUUCAGAAGGAUAUUUCUAUACAGAUGGGACUGAGAGUGAAUUAUUAUCCAGUCGUUUUUCAAUAACAAACCAAAAAGCAAGAGAGACAUAAUAGUCAUUUUACCAUUCUAUUUUAGUCCAGAGUUUCAUCAACAUGUUUGGGAUUCAUGUCUCAUUUCUGUCCCCAAAACAAAAACAAAACUAUUCCUUGGACUUAUUUCUGUGUCUUCAUCAAAUUGACUCUUUCUGAUGAUUUGUUUGUUUCCCACAGUUAAAAAGGUCUGAAUCUAUGAAUCUAUCAUUUCAGUUUUCUUACGCAGUCUUCUUCCUCCCGAUUCUAACAGUAAGAGCAUUAACGCUCAUGCAGCAGGGCAUUGUUCAGUCUCCUGUCAGUCCGGUUCUGUUUCUCCUCAGCCUAGGUAAGAUGCUUGUAGUCAAUGUGUAGGAGUCAUCUGUGCGUAGUGGAUUCUGAUGUGCCGACUCCAGCCUCAGUCCACUCCUUGUGAAGCUUCCUCAAUUUUUUGAAUAGUCUCCACUUGAUAAUCCUUUCAAGACUGCAGUUAUCCCUGUUUCUGGUACACCUUUUCCUACCACAUUUUUUCCUUCCACUCAACCUUCUAGGAGUACUUUUUCACAAUUUUCUGAGACCCUGAAUUUUGUGUUUUCUUUCACUUUAAGCCAUAAACAUCAAAAGUACAAGAACUAAAGGCUUGAAAUAUGUCCCUCUGUGAUAUGAAUCUAUAUAAAAUACAAGUUUCACUUUUUGAAAUGAGUGAUGAUAAAUAUUAAACUUUUUUAUGAUAUUCAAAUUUUUGAAACUGUGCUAAAAUGUCCUGGCAUAUGGAAACGCGUUACAAGCUUAAGUGUCGGUGAACAGUGGUCCAGAAGGUGUAGCCAACUGACAGCUAGAUGUUUCCUCGCCAGAAGAUCAGUUCCAUCCAAGCAGAUCUCCACAGCGCUGAGACCCUGACACAGAUAUGGGCUGGGGUUCUUCUGGACAAAUAAAGAUAUUAAUCUUAUAGUAACAGUCAUAAAAACCUAUUACCUGCUAAAAGGUCAGGCGCAUAACUUGUCUGGUAGCUGGGUCAGAAAGGCUGCUUAUCUGGGCUGAACCGGGUCAACGUUUAAACCAAUGAACGCCUCUCUAGGCGGACUUUCAACUAAAAGCUCACUGGGAUGGUUCGGCAGAAAUAGGUUCAACUAGAUUUGGAUCAGAAGAUACUGAGGCGGAGCGGGGUUCUACUGGGACUGAAUCUGUCGGACCUACGCGGAUGGAUCCGGGUCGGAGGGAGCUGGUCUGAUUUGUUGGAGGAUUAGAAGACUGCGGACAGAGGAGGAAGGAGUGAUUCUGCAGGGAUCCUUCACGGCGCGGCGUGGAGGAGAGACGUGACGCGUCCGAACCGCAUCUCCAGGAUGGCAGGUCCUCCUGACGAGCCCUUGGCUCUUUGCAUCGGAGUCAGACCGCCAGGCCAUUGAAGAUAAUGGACCCUGGGUUCCUGCUGGGCUCCAGCUUCAGGACCAGGAUCAGGACCGGUAUGGACCCCAGAACCACGGCGUAUCGACAAACCCUCGGAGUGAUGAUUCUGAUGGCUGGCACGCUGGUGUCCAUGGCAACCAGCAGCUCACCUGAAGCAGGUGUGUUGGAUUUGAACAGGAUAAUGAAGCCAUCAUCACCAUCAUCUACAUCCUCUUCAACCUCCUCCCCACCUCCCAUUGGGCCCUCAGAUUUUGGUUACCAUGGUGACAUCGCUGGUGCCGGCUCAGCAGAGGACCCGGAUGCUGGUGCUCAGGGAAUCCACCUCCUCCUUAGACCUCCAGACCUCCUGUCUCCCAGUCUACCCCCACCUUUCCCCCCACACAGCCAGCCCACCCUCACCCCUCCUCCGCCCUGGGAACAGGGCCCCUCACUAGAAGAAGGAUGGGGCUCUGGAGACUAUUUAGAGACUUUGUCCUUCAUGGUGCCAGAUGGAGAGGAACUUGGUCUUGCCACACCCCUGCCCAGCCACCCCUGGGACAUGGACUCUGGGGGUGGCUGGGUCUCUUAUGACACCGCCUUCCCUGCCCGUCCAACCCUCGCUCUUUUCUCCCCUCUCCCUGUCUCUCCCUCCUCCUCCACUCCUAAUGUACCCCUGCACACCCACACUGCCCACCUGGAUGUUUUUUCCACAUGGGACGAGGAAUAUGACCCAGAGGACAUGAUGCCUCUGGAACCGACAGAGGUGCUACUGCCGGACAUGAACAGUCUGGAGUACUACACCAACCUGCUGGCCCGAGAAAAGGAGAGAGAGAAGGAAAGGCAGAAGGUGAAGGAGAGGGAGCAGGAGGAGCAUAUACAUCAGACCAAGUCCAGACUCUCCAUUACUCCCUUAAAGACUCAAACCCACCAUUCUCCUCUGACCCCAGUCCCCACCCUUAGAGGGCCUCCUACAGAGCUAGAUCACAAACAUCCACCAAAAGGACCCAAUCCUCCCCUCACUCCCUCACCUGCUCUUACAAAUGAGAAGUCACCUACUCUACCAAAAACCUCCCAAACCACUUCCAGUCCUGCUCCACCAUCCAACACUACCAGCCAGGUGUCACCCGCCACCCCACUGAGACCAUCAGCUCGUCCUGGUAGACCAGAAAGACCAUCAGUGAUGACAGAAAAAAUAGCAAAAACCCCUGCCAUAAUGACCACCACCCAGAUUACCUCCAUCAGUCUAACCAGAGGCACCCCAGUUACCACACCCAAAGGGGCCCAGACACCGCUCACCAGACAGUAUCUGUGUAAUGUCACCAAGCCUGAGCUGUACCUGGUCAGAGUCGUGAGUGCUAAAGGCUCAUCGGCUAGUUUCAGUCAUGUCCGGGAUGUGCUGAGGAAAGAGUUCAACCGCUCGGUGGAGCUGCAGUUCCUGAGAACUCCAUCCAGUUUUGCCUUUCGUGUCGUGUCAGGACCGAUGAUAUACACUGCCAUAUCUGUCAUCAACGCUCUCCGCCAGUCUCCACGUAGCUCAGGUCCCAUUCCUACCGUAUCCCCACUGUAUACCAUACCUGACCUUGGGUAUCAGAUCCACUCGGUGCUGCAGUUUGUUCCCACCCAUGUCGACAUCAGAGUGUGCAACUUCACUGAAAGGGUUGAGAGAGGGCUGAUGAUGGCAUAUACAGAGAGCCGAAGAAGGUCACAUGAGGCAGGAAACAGCACCGUACAGCUGCUAAACAUCACGAUGGGCAUAGCUUGGCCAGCAGCGGGGCAGAAGGUUCCCGUUGACAUCACAUUUGCUGUGAGAGAUGGGAAAGGAUACCUGCCAGGGUCAGAGGUCAGCGAACACCUGAGGAAGCUCAGCCUGGUCGAGUUCAGUUUUUAUGUUGGAUUUCCUGCUCUGCAGAUUGCAGAACCCUUCCAUUAUCCUGAGCUAAAUAUGUCUCACCACUUGCGUGCCACAUGGGUCCGUACAGUCCUGCUGGGUGUUCAUGAGCAGCAGGUGGCUGAGAGGAGCUUUAAAGCUCGCCUGGAGAGACGUCUGGCUCUGCUACUGGAGGAAGGACUGCAGCAGACCAGCAGGAGGCGCUGGAAAAGGGCAACCGCCGUGGGCAACAACAGUCUGCAGGUGGUGCGGAUAUCCAGGCUGUCUGGACCAGAGCGCCCCCUUGAGGUGUUUUACUUUGUAGAGGGUCCAGGUGGGGAGAGAGUCCCGGCAGAGGUGACUGCAGCCACCAUGAACCGCCUGGAGCUUCAAAGAGCCGCCAUUGUCCUUGGACACCGAGUUCAAAAGCCACUGGCUCAACCUGUAGAGACUGACUCUGUCCCUCCAGCUGAGACUCAGAGCAGCAGCAUUUGGUUGAUCGUAGGUGUCGUUGUGCCUGUCCUGCUAGCUGUCUUCAUUAUUAUCAUCCUCUACUGGAAGCUUUGUGGAUCUGAGAAGCUUGAGUUUCAACCAGAUGCCAUCAACACCAUCCAACAAAGGCAGAAGCUUCAAGCUCCCAGUGUCAAAGGGUUUGACUUUGCAAAGCUCCAUCUUGGUCAGCACAGUAAAGAUGACAUCAUGGUGAUCCAGGAGACUGGCCCACUACCUGCUCCAAUGAAAGAGGCCACGCCCUCUGAUGGUGGAGAACUCAACACUCCCAAAUCCAAAGGAUCCUCCACUAAGGCAGCACGUUCAAAUCGCCGCAGGGGAAGGCUCAGCCCUACAGACGGUGAUUCAUUAGGAAGUGACCAAUCUAGUGGCAGGGAGUCGGCAGAGGAAAGCACCAGACCUGUGGUCACGCCCAGUGAGGGGAAACACCAUAGGAAGAUACCCAAAAAUGGGAGGACCAAAAUAGUGGUCCCAUCAGGCAGCGGUCCAGAUGAACUUCUCUCCUCAUCUUCCAUCUUUGACCACGUUGACCGUCUCUCCCGUGGCUCUUCAGAUGGAACCCGUCGCCAGGCAAGUAAGGUGCAACUUAUUGCCAUGCAGCCGCGACCGAGUCCGCCUGCAGCACACGCUCCUUCACAGCCCAGUCCCUCCCUCACUGAAAAGGUCAACGCAGAGCAGGUGGCGCUAAGGCACAAGUCUGAGAUCGAGCAUCACAGAAACAAACUGCGCCAACGUGCAAAGCGGCGGGGCCAAUGCGAGUUUCCUUCAAUGGAUGACAUUAUGGAUGCCUUUGGAGACGGACCGGUUCAGAGUGAAGCGGCACAGCGACUCUACAGCUCCGCCCACGACCACAUGGACUGCAUCCUUCAGGCCGACGGAGCCUCACCCCCCACAUCCGCUGACUCCAGGAAAAGAGCGAGGCGCUCUCCUCGAGGCCGGAGGCCUAAUCAAGGACCAGGAAGUCUUCCAGAUACAGACAGAGAUCGGCUGCUCACAGACCAGAGCGCCACCUACAGGAAGUACCCAGGACUCAACAAUGUAGCGUACAUGUCGGACCCUGACCUGCCCCCAGACCAUGUCAGCCCUUCCCCCACUGAUGAGGUCUUUGACCCAGCCCCAGCUCCACCUCCUUACAUGCCCCCACAACCUUCUAUUGAGGAAGCCCGGCAGCAGAUGCACUCCCUGCUAGAUGAUGCCUUCGCUUUGGUAUCACCAUCCUCACAGGCCAGCGGGAUGAGAUAUGCAGAGUUGGGAAUCUCCCCCACAUCCAUCCAGGGUCUCUUACAAAGGCAGGGUCUGGGAUCAGCAGGAUACAUUUCUACUGAAGAACAACUUCAAGAAUCUGUUUACUCCAACAGGGUGAAGUAUGAAGACCCCCCUUCAUCCUCCAGACCCCGACCUGUAGGGGGCAGUACAGGGGCACAGUUGCAUCAUCUGACACAGGUGGGUCUGUCCAGUCAGAUUGGUGCAUACCCUGGAGUGGGCCGCAGCAUGUCUGGACCUACUGGCUCCAGCUGGCAACAGCAGCAAUCAGACCAGGACCUAUCCAGACCAGGAGGUAGCAGAGAGAGUGUGCUGUCAUUCCCUGAGUUCUCCUCAUCUGUUUUUCAAAUGCCCAGUUCUUCAUUACGGGACCCAUCAGCUCCACCCCUCCUCUUAACCUCACCCACCCCAGAAUAUCCACCAGAGGAUGCCUCCCCAUCUGCCCACACAUCUGCGUCUCUUAUCAAAGCUAUCAGGGAGGAGCUGCGACGGCUGGCCCAGAAACAGGCCGCAGUGACCAGCUAUCCCUGAACUUACCUGGUUCUUUUUCAAUCAGGAAUUACAGUAGCUGUUCUACUAGCUGGUCAACACAAACGGUCUGUGCCACUGAGCGCAAAAUACCAAUGAUCUAUAUCCACUGGCAAAGGGCAGCAUCUCCUGAAGACCACCAGUACUUAACAGGGUCUGCUCUUUUUAUUUGUCUGUCCACUACUCUUUCACCCAGUGUUCAUUGCACAGAAGUUAGACUCACAUUUCCACUAACUUGGUUCUGGUAGUAGAUCACUGAGGAUCACCCUACCUGGACUCUUACACUGACUCAUCCUUUUAGAACUUCUGGAACAACAACACAGACACCAAACCCUGAAACGAUGAGUUCUGACCUUUAAAGAUGGAUGGUAGUUCUUCAAUUUCUGAAGCUUAUAUGCUAGAAGAGUUUUUAUUUGGCCAUCUUGAGUGAAUUGGUCUCACAAUUACCCUUUUGGUUAAAACAGAAUAGUCUUGACCUUCUAAAGUGAAUGUCACUGGGAGUUGUAGAUCAAACUGCCAUUCAUGGAGUAUAUGGUGUAAAGGACUCUAAACCUUUAAGUCAUUGAUCCCUACUAAAGUUAUAAAGGCUGGGAUGACCCAUGGAGCCCUUGUUGCGGUAAUACUUUAUAAGAAGAAAACCAAACUUUCUUGGCUUUUGUUGAAGUACCCCUUUAACGGGGUCUUCUGCGCGUUCGUUUAUUCACCGUAACCUGGAGGAAUUCACAACACAUAGAAUAAACAUAGAAUAAAUCACACUCAGACACCGUUGUAUUCAAUUUAAAUACCUGGGCCCAGGGGAAGAGAGAGCUCACGUGGUCAGGACACACCGAGACUUCUUCUGCUCUCUCUCACUGGGCUCAUUUCUUUUAUUAAAACACACACGAAACUGGGCUGCGCCUUGUUUACAAUAUUUUCUACACAUAGACAUGUACACACUUUUCCGGCUUACCAUAUUUAGACAGGUAUUGUC